CAAAUAUGUUUAAUGCGCUGCUGAAAGGACCACUGUUGGAACACGGGGGGAAUCCCCUGCGGACUUUCAUGAAUGAAUGCCAUAUUGCACGGAUGAUCAUAGCGAAUUGUUGCACAACCAUAUAGGUGACAGAUGGACUUUGUGAGGAUGGGAAAACAUCACCUUUUCUGGUCAGUGAUCGUGUCAGUUUUCUUCGCUCUGAGAGUAUCUACUGCACUUUGGCAAGACCCGUGCCGAUAUGGCUGCUUUCCUUGGCAGCAAGGGAAACACAAUAGAUCGAAACUCAUGUGUCCUGAUCACUGUAUAACGGACAAUCUGAUAGAGGAUGAUCAACGGUCAUGCUGUAACUGUAGAUCCCAGCCGAUCUGGAAAUGUUCUACGCAGUGGCCGUAUCGCGGUGUGGAUAUAGAGUACAUUGACCGGAGAGGGGAUGGGCUUGCAGCUUACAGCGACACCAAUACAAACUUGAAUAUUUCAAAGUUGUUUCACACUCACGGGUUUCUCUCUAAAAUCCCUGACAACAUAUGCGAUUUCCAGAAUCUGGUGGAAAUAGAUUUCAGCUGGAACUGGAUAUCUGUUUUGAAAAACAUCAAUUGUUUAUUAAGACUAGACACAUUGAUUCUGAAAAACAAUUUGAUUACAGUACUCAGAAACGAUACUCUCCAUGGGAUGACUGAACUCAGGGUGUUAGAUUUGUCCAAUAAUCUUUUGGUGCUGAUUGAACCUUACACAAUAUCCGAUCCAUCCAUAGGAAUGCUUCACAUCCUCUUCCAAAAUAAUUCUUUAGAAUCUGUUGACAUCACCAAUGUUGUAAUUGAAAACCCGUUCUGUGUUGCAGAUUUUUCAAAUAAUAUCAUCAAGGAGAUCGUCAAUGUUGUUGAUUGGAUAAUAGAUAUAUCAAAGGAUUAUGGAGAUGGUGGAUUUGUGGAUUUGUCGAACAACAUUUUCGAUUCAUUUCCUAAUUUCGAAGAAUUGGGAGUUGAAGAUCUCACUUAUCUCGGAAAAGUGUUUUCUUUUGGAUUUGAUUUUAGAAAUGCUAAUUUUUCAUGUGAUUGCAAAAUGCAGCCUUUCCUAGCGAUGACCGAGGAGGCCAUUAGGAAAAUCUGGAGAAAUUAUUACAAUAUUACCUGUGCUAAUCCCCCAUCUCUUCAGGGACAAUCUGUUUUCGAUUUAGUAAUGGACAAUCAAUUGGAUAAGUUUAUUUGUGAAAUUAAAUGGGAGAGGUGCCCCAGACAUUGCCGCUGCUUCCGUCAGCCUUCGCAAAAUCGUUUGGUUGUUAACUGCUCAGACACUCAGCAGAAAGCAUUGCCGAAGACUCUUCCCUUCGUUCAAGACGACGAAUUUUUAGAUUUGGAUUUCAGUAUAAACAGCAUUACCGAAUUCAAUACCAGAGAUUAUCUCAACGUUACUGUAGCUCUCAACAUUGAUGACAAUAGUAAAUUGAACAAAAUUGAUAAAAAAUCCUUUUCUGAUUCUAGAGAUAUACAAAAUCUUUCCAUAAGGAACACUAAAAUGCUCCGAGACAUUCCGAAAACUUUAGAGUCUCUUGAUCCUUGUCAAGUGUCUUUCGGUGAUUUGUAUUUGAAUUGUGAUUGCGACAUUCGGUGGAUUGCGGCAUGGGUUCACAGUCCGAAAUCAUCAAAUUGUCCUGGUAACAAUAACAUUUAUUGUUUCACAGAUGAAGGUAAGAAACUGCCAUCAACAAUGUGGACAAAAGACAAUCUAAAUUGUUCAGACAUAAAUUGGACAGCCAUUGUAGUAGCCGUUGUUUUUGGGAUUUCUUCGCUUUUGAUAGGAACAAUAGCAUUGGUGGUGUAUCACUAUAGAUAUGAAAUUUAUCUCUUAACAAGAAGAGAAAACAAAGACAGAAUAUCCGGAAAUGAAUACUUAAAAUUCGAUAUUUAUGUAUCCUUCAACGAAAACAACAGAGAUCUGUUUUCUUGGGUCUUUACCAAGCUAGAACCGGAACUGAAUGCAGCAGGUUACUCUGUUUGUCUAGCUUGCAGGGAUAUUCCACCAGGUGACGUCAAAUCAGAAGCCAUCUCGGAAUACUUACAAGAGUCUAAAAAGUUUUUGUUUUUAGUGGAUGAGGAUUUCCUUCACACAGAAGAUGUGUCAAUCUGGUGCCUUCAAGAAUGGCGUCAUUCAUGGCAUAUCUUCAAAUCACAGAAACUCAGAAACAUAGCGGUCGUCAAUUACGACCAAGUGCGUAUGAGAAACAUCAGUCACCCACAAAUUCGAGCAUUCUUCAGAUUAGGAUUAACUGUUGAUUUCUCGAAUAGAAAACGAAGAAUAUUUGACGAAAUAUUGGAACGACUAAAACUCGAGCGAAUACGCGAUACAAAAAUGAACAUGGCGUAUCCUCCGAUGAGGAACUUCCUUCCACUUGGAAAUCUGUAUCUUCCUGAUUGUCGACGUUGUGAUACACCAAAGCAGAAAUUCAAACCUCAGAGCAUUGAAUUGGAUCCAUUUAGCAACGUGCCUCCGUGUGCUUUUGACUUUCCUCGCUGUGAUACUCCACAUCUAAAAUUCAAACUACCUCCAGUUUUGAAGUUUGCAAAAAUACACCCAUUUAACACUUAGUACAUACGCUGUGACACACGGGCAAUAAUGCUCAGUCUGGUAAUUGUUUGAGCAAAUAUUUGGUAUAUGUAAUUUCCUUUAAUGCUAGGUGAAGAUAACGAACAGUGAUCAAUAUCAUAACUCCUACAAACAAUACAAAAUAGAUAGCUGGGCAAACACGGACCCUUGGACACACCAGAGGUGGGAUCAGGUGCCUAGGAGGAGUCAGCAUCCCCUGUUGUUUUGCAGAAUCAACAAGGUCUAUAGCGUUAGAUGCCAGAAUAAAAUCACUAGAUCUUCCCAACUUGUUAUUCAUCAUUACCCCCGCUAUAUAUACAUUGUAUAUGACGUUGUGUAUGCGGUUUUUUUUUUUUGGUUUUUUUUUUUUUUGUAUAAGUUAAUAAAUCGGAUUAAUAUUGAGUGAAAUAUUUUUAUGCAUAUACAUGUCAUUUGUCAGGAGUAGUGUACAGAAAUAUACUGGGAAGAUUGUCACUCAGAUUUGCCCAGGUUUAUGUUAAUUAUAUUGUAGUGUGUGUACUGUUUGAAUGUUUGAGUCAAUAUAUGUACAUUGUAAAUACUAGCGUUCCAAAAACACUCUUUCACUUUGUUUGAUCGAGCUUGCAGGAAUUUGGGCGAAGCUUCUCAUAUAUUUCAAUGAAACAGGUUUUACUUAUAUUCUCGGUGACCAAUCAGAUUGACAGAAUGACAAAACAUGAUCAUCGAAACUCAGUUUCGUUGACAUUAGAUAACCAAUCAGUGAGUGGCAUGACAAUUCACGCGUGGGAUUUUCACACGGUUCUCCACACGAAAAGUCACACUGUUUCUGGAAUGAUAGUAUAUUAUUUAUUGGAUCGAAUGUUAAAGUGUAUGGACUUGUAUCACAUGCAAUGUGUUUGUAAAAUUGUAGGACUCUGUAAAUGUAACACUACUUUGUGUUUUUAAUAUUGUGGGACUCUGUAACAGUACGUGAACGUAUGUUUUUUGUUGUGUUUUUUUUUUAGAGAUAAAUACCGGCCGUCUCAAUGAUUUGUCAAAAUAUUCUGAAAUAAAAUGUAGAUUGAAAUUA